CAGAAUAAGAUAGGAAGGUGUCAGUGCGAGAUUGAAGGAGCAGAAUCCCUGAAUCCGCAAUGCUGUCCUCAUCACUUAUGGUCUUCUUUCUGGUCACCACUCUCAGUAACGCUGAGGACACCUGCUCAGGUGGCCUAGAGCAGCUGACUGUCCAGAAAGGAUGUCCUGGGACACCGGGAGCCCAAGGAGAUAAAGGAGAACGUGGACCUCCAGGAGAGAGAGGACUCCCGGGUAUCGCAGGAGCAUUGGGGCCUCCCGGACAGAAAGGAGAUCCAGGUGCUCCAGGGCUACAAGGAGAAAAAGGGGAAAAGGGAGACUCGGCCUUUCCGGAAUCAGUGUACGCUGCCAGGAGCUGUAAGGAGCUGCAGGAUCACGGGGUGCUACUCAGUGACUGGUACACCAUAUACGCGUACGGCAACACCUCCAUGAGAGUCCUGUGUGACAUGCACACUGAUGGUGGAGGCUGGAUGGUAUUUCAGAGACGCUAUGAUGGUUCCGUUGAUUUCCUCCGUGACUGGAAGUCCUACAAGAUGGGGUUUGGUAGCCGCCUGACAGAGUUCUGGCUGGGGAAUGACAAUCUGCACCAGAUAACGUCAUCAGGCACCUGGGAGCUGCGGGUGGACCUACAAGACUUUGAUGCUAAAAACUCUUUUGCUAAAUAUAAAUCUGUUAAAAUUAUGGGAGAAUCUGAAAAAUACAAAUUGAUACUCGGAGACUUUGUGUCUGGUACUGCAGGAGAUUCUCUGACAUAUCAUAAUGGGAUGAAGUUCUCCACGACAGACCAGGACAACGAUGUAUUCUCCGGUAACUGCGCCCAGCAGUACAAGGGGGCCUGGUGGUACAAUAAUUGUCACAACGCAAACCUGAAUGGACUGUACCUUCCUGGGAAGAACACUACCUAUGCUGUAGGCAUUAACUGGUACUCUGGCAUGGGGUAUAAUUACUCCUACAGACAGUCUGAGAUGAAGAUUAGACCGCUGUGAUGACGCAGAGAGACGCUUCCUACAAUGACCCUGAUUGUAUGUGACAUAUAACUGCUGUGAUUGGCUGUUACUGCGCUAUAAUGAGAAUAAAUCAUACAGUGAUAUACGCAUCUA